UGAGCAGCUCAAAGUCUCUUCUCUGGCCCUGGAAGAGUUCUUUGAUACUCCUGUCAGUUGGGAGAGGGAGCAGCGUAAGCUGGCCGUCUUGCUGCCUAGGCCAUUGUACAUGCUGUUUGUUCAGAGUGAAGGAUACAGUAAAGCUGAGGAUUCUUUGCUUAAAGUCAUUGUCGAUGGUAAUCUCGAAGAAGCAAAGACCUUUGACACUACCGGACAGAAAGAAGAAACACAACAAGAUGAAGAGACAGAGUCGGAACAAUCCGGAACAAAAAAAAAGAAACGACGUAAAUCAAUGAAACCAUCGCCAGAGGAUGAGUCUACUCCUCCCUGUAGAGUCUCCUUUCCACUCACUGUUAGUUUGAAGAUCACUACUAAAUGUGUUGGCUCUGUCACUAUUUGUUUCUAUUAUUUGCCAUUUUUCAACGCCGUCUGCUCCUCAGUGACUUCCAUUGAUCUAGAGACAGACCAUGCUUCCUUGAAAGACAUUUUUGUCGAUAAGUCCUUCCUGUUGCAUAAUCUAUUCGAAGGCGAUUCUGGAAAAUUUUCCCCUAAUUCAGCCGUCUCUGUCCAAAUUAGAAAAUACGGCGGAACUAAUUUCUCAGCUGCAGUUAGGCAAUAUGGGUUUCCUUUUAAGUGGGUGCAGCAAGUAUGUGGGAUAACAGUAUUAUCAGAUGCAGGGGUUGAGUUUAGUGACAUUAAACUGGACAAUGAAGUAUCAUCAUCUUCUCUUGUUGAUGUAGUGACUAAUGUCAGGGACAGGAUGAUCUCUCAACUCAAUCUGUCCAAACAGCUGCUUUCUUUAGAGCAACUUAAAAUCCCUGAUGUUCCUCCUGAGGAUGAUAAAGAUGAAGACAAUCCCAAGCGUCCUUCCUUGUCUGUCUUGUCGCGAUGGAAGUCUCUUUCACUAUCUGAAGUCCAGAGCUCUCAAUUUGGAGGUCUUUCAAUAUUCAAUAUUCAAGAGAGAGCAAACCGAUACUUCUUAGCUACUUUUAGUCAGGAAACAGCUCGUUGGCAUUCCAUUAUCUGUGUCUCUCCUGAAUACCCGAGGGUAAAGCCGGUUCUUAUAGUCCUGGUUGAAUUGACAGAGAAGCAGAGAGAGCCAUACAAUUUACAACUGAAAAACAUUGAAGCUGAUGUUAACAUUCAUUACCCUCUCACUCUUAAACCUGAUCCAUUUGGUGAAAACCUUCUCUCACUCCAGCUCCUAAGGCUACAGGUGCUUGUUGAGAACUACAUACAAAUCAGGACUGGCUCAAGUAGUUUGAAGGAUUUGUCACUAAGCACCAGGGGAAAAGGAAGACUCAUAACAGCUCUAGAACUAAUUUACAGUUAACUGCUAAUGUUAUUAGUAUACUUUGAUCAUUAUGUGGUUUGAACUUUGAUGUAAAUACACUGUCAAUGAAUAAUUAA